AUGGACACUGUGGACUUUGGUGAACUGGCAUUGGAAAUGACCAAGCUUAUGGAAGAGCAUGUGAUGGAUCCGGACCUGCGGAGCUGGAUCAUGCCGGCUUUCAGCACCACGACUGCAUCCGAUGAAGCGGUAGCAGCUAUCGUGAUGAUGGGCUCUAUGCAGAAGUACUUCAAAUACCAAUUCACUUUACGGUGUGGGAUUCCGUCUGUCACUUUGCUCGGCGAACGAGAGUACUGGGCACUUAUGGUAACGAAGCUUGCUCGGCUAGCUCAGCUAGGGGAUGAGCCUGCUCGAUUUGCUCAACUUCUUCGGCCGGUGCUUAAUAACUUUGUUGCUUCCUUCGACAACCCCGGAGCAUCGGAUGUGCUAAGUUUCUGGAGCAAAUGUGCAGACAGAAGAGGUGGCGGAAGCGGACCAACUUAUCUGACUGGCUGGAUAUCGGUUUUCUGUUUCUGGGGAGAGGAUGGGAAGUUGCUAUACCCAGAACAGAUACUUCCAAUAUGCUCGCAAGGCUUUCAGGAACGGGAGACGGAGUUCGGCCUUGAUCAGGCCUUGUUACGCUGCAUAGACACAGAGAAAGUCCCUCUAGGCUACGUCUCCGUGCCGGUUAUAGUUGAUAAUCUUGGGCACGUAUUCGACGCUGUGAUGGUGGCUGGCAUGAUCGGCAUACAGGCCAUUCCCACCGGGGAGGCCAGACUUGAUUCGAUUCAGCCAGUGUCCGGGGAAAGAAGAAACAAGAAUGUGCCAAAAGGCACAGACCAGUUCACAAAUCAGUUUACAAACCACCUAGGGUAUUGGAUUGGUCGUUGGUCAGACAAGGCAAGUGAAGCAAUUGGGUCAUUCGGUUACUUUCGUUUCAAUUUCGCUUUCGUUUUGAAGAUUGGCAUUGCAAUGCUCAGGAAUUCCCUUGGUAGCUAA